AUGCAGCAGCACGUUCUGCAGAUGCAGCAGCAGAUCCAGCAGCAGCUGCACCAGCAGUUCCUGCAGCAAGUCAAGGCCAUGCAGGGAGCAGCAACAGCAGCAACGCCCGGCUUCGACGGGUCAUUGGGGGGAGCCUCAACCCAGUCCGCGGAGCAGCAGCAGCACAAGCAGCUGCAGCAGCUGCAGCAGCAGAUGCAGCAGCAAAUGCAGCAGCAGCAGCAGCAGAUGCAGCAGCAGAUGCAGCAGCAGCUGCAGCACCAGAUGCAGCAGCAAAUGCAGAUGCGCAUGCAGCAGCAGCAGCAGCAGCAGCAGCACCUGCAGCAGCAGCAGCAGCAGCAGCAGCAGCAGCAGCAGCAGCAGCGGCGGGUUUCGGUGCGCUCGCUGUCGCAAGUGCCCAAGGUGCAGCUGGGGGCCACCCACAUUGUGGGGCUGCAGCAAAUUGAAGCUUUGGGGCCUUCAGAAAUAGAAGCUUUUGCGCAGCACUAUGGUUUAUAUCCAACAGCAGAAGCUGCUGCUGCUGCACUUGGGGGGGUCCCGCUGCCGGGUGUGGGGGCCCUCAAGGGUGCGGGGGGGGCCCCCAGCAGCAGCGGGGGGGCGCAGCUGGUCAAGCGGCAGCAGCAGCAGCAGCAGAUGCAGCAGCAGCAGCAGCAGCAGAUUCAACAAAUGCAGCAGCAGCAGAGGUUCGCAGGCACCAUCGAACAGGUCAGCGCUAUGAAGCAGCGGCAGCUCAUGCAGAUGCAGCAGUCCCAAAUAUAA